GGUGCUAGUGGCGGGAGGAAUAAAGAUGGCGGUGCGGGGGUCUCCGCCUUCUGCUCCCGGGUGAACCGCUCUGAGGGAGGCGGCAGUGGCAACCCGAGCAGCAACGGCAAUCUAGUGGUGGUAGUUUCAGCGGCGACUACUGAGGCCGGAGCAAUGGCGGAACUGGAGCACUUGGGCGGGAAGCGCGCGGAGUCGGCGCGAAUGCGGCGGGCUGAGCAGCUUCGGCGCUGGCGGGGCUCGCUGACAGAACAGGAGCCCGCGGAGCGACGAGGCGCGGGGCGGCAAUCGCAGACGCGUCGCGGGAGCCCUAGGGUCCGCUUUGAAGACGGGGCUGUCUUCUUGGCCGCUUGCUCUAGCGGGGACACUGACGAGGUGAAAAAGCUUCUGUCAAGAGGUGCCGACAUCGACACGGUCAACGUGGACGGAUUGACAGCCCUGCACCAGGCCUGUAUUGAUGAAAAUUUGGACAUGGUCAAGUUUCUGGUGGAGAACAAAGCCAAUGUAAACCAGCAGGAUAACGAGGGCUGGACACCCCUUCACGCAGCAGCUUCUUGUGGCUAUCUCAACAUAGCAGAGUAUUUCAUUAACAACGGAGCCAGUGUGGGUAUUGUGAAUAGUGAAGGUGAAGUUCCCUCUGACCUUGCAGAAGAGCCUGCCAUGAAGGACCUUCUUCUGGAGCAAGUGAAAAAGCAAGGAGUUGACCUAGAGCAGUCAAGAAAAGAAGAAGAACAACAGAUGUUGCAGGAUGCUCGCCAGUGGCUCAACAGUGGGAAAAUAGAAGAUGUGAGGCAGGCCCGCUCUGGGGCCACGGCCCUCCAUGUGGCUGCUGCCAAGGGCUACUCUGAGGUGCUCAGGCUUUUAAUUCAGGCUGGCUAUGAGCUCAAUGUGCAGGAUCAUGAUGGCUGGACUCCCCUCCAUGCUGCGGCACACUGGGGGGUAAAAGAGGCGUGCUCCAUCCUUGCAGAAGCACUCUGUGACAUGGACAUCAGAAACAAGCUGGGACAGACACCAUUUGAUGUGGCUGAUGAGGGUCUUGUGGAGCACUUGGAGAUGCUCCAGAAGAAGCAGAAUGUGCUUCGAAGUGAAAAAGAGACACGGAAUAAACUCAUUGAGUCAGACCUGAACAACAAGUUGCAGAGUGGCCUCUUUAAGAACAAAGAGAAGAUGCUCUAUGAAGAGGAGACACCGAAAUCCCAAGAAAUGGAGGAAGAAAACAAAGAAUCCAGCAGCUCCAGCUCAGAGGAGGAGGAAGGUGAAGAUGAAGCUUCUGAGUCAGAAACUGAGAAGGAGGCAGAUAAAAAGCCAGAGGCCAUUGUCAACUACUCCAACUCUGAAAGCAAAAGUAGUGCCACAGAGCAGACACCAACACCAGCGCAAAAUACCUUCUCUGCCUCUUCUGCUAGGAGAUUUUCCUCCAGUCUUUUUAACAAGCCAGACGAGCCUAAGGAUGAAUCUCCCUCCUCCUGGAGACUGGGACUCAGGAAAACUGGCAGCCACAACAUGCUGAGUGAAGUGGCCAAUUCCAGGGACACCCUAAGAGACCGAGGCUCCUCCAUCUACCGCUCUUCAUCAAGCCCCCGGAUUUCUGCUCUGGACAAUAAAGAUAAGGAGAGAGAAAACAAAAGCUAUUUUAGUUCACUAGCAUCCCGGAGGCUCAACAACACAAGUGAUAUUGAAGAAAAGGAGAACAGAGAAUCAGCUGUUCAUCUGGUGAGGAGUGGCUCUUACAACAGGCAGCUGUGGCGGGAUGAAGCAAAGGGAAAUGAAACUCCACAGACAAUUGCUCCUUCCACUUACGUUUCAACCUACUUGAAAAGUGCUUCAUUUGGUAGAAGUAGUGACCCCACAAGUCCCUACAUUUCAGCCAAUCGCAAUUCAUCUCCUGCUACCUCACCCAUUACCAUUGGUUCAUCUACCUCUCGGGGCAGCCCGUGGCAACCUGCCUCCUCUUGUCCUGCACCAAUCAGUGCAAACCCUACUGCACCUGUGCACCGUGGCAGGACUCCGUACAAAUCCCAGGCUGACUCAACAGCAGAUAAAACAGGAGACAAUGUCUCUUCUAGCACCCCGCUCUGUGUGAUCACCAAUCGCCCUCCACCUAGCACUGCCAAUGGGGUUACAUCUGCCACUGUGCUCUCCACUCCUGGAACAGACUCCUCGGUGGAAGCCAGGGAGAGGAGGAGGUCAUAUCUGACUCCUGUAAGGGAUGAAGAAGCAGAGUCUUUACGGAAAGCACGCUCCAGACAAGCUCGGCAGACUCGAAGGUCUACUCAAGGUGUAACCCUAACGGACCUUCAGGAAGCAGAAAGGACUUUCAGCCGAUCAAAGGCAGAGCGGCAAGCUCAGGAUCAGCCCAGCCCAAAGCCCAGAGGCACUGAGGGACUUGAGGGGAGCACUGAGAAACAUGAGUCCUCAGCAGCAUCAUCAAAGGAAGCUGGGGAGGACCGACAGGGCGGGAGUCUGGAUGAAGAGCCUGUCUAUCGUCGCCUGAGGUGUCCCGGUCAGCCAGACAAACCCACAUCACCAGUGUCUCCUUCUGCAUCAAGAUCCUCUCUCUACACCAGUUCCCAUAUGCUUCGGACAAAUAGAUCUUCAGACCCUGAUUCGGAGAGCUCAGAGACUGCCACAAACGCUGCAUCUGCAAAGGAAAUGGACAAAAAUGAGAGUGAAGAAGCAGACAUAGAUGAUCAGUCCUCUAACAGGCUCCGUGACAGGAGGCGCAAGGAGAGACGGAGAGGCACGGGCAUCAACUUCUGGACAAGAGAUGAUGAUGAAACUGAUGUCUCUGAAGAAGUAAAAGAGAAGUGGCAUGAAAGACUUUCUAGGUUGGAAUCAGGAAGUAGUAACCCUACAACCAGCGAUUCCUACAGUGAGCGGGCCUCGGCCAGAGCGCGCCGGGAGGCCCGGGAGGCCCGUCUCGCCAGCCUAUCCAGCCGGGUAGAAGAGGACAGCAACAGGGAUUAUAAAAAACUCUACGAGAGUGCCCUGACCGAAAACCAAAAGCUGAAAACCAAACUUCAGGAGGCCCAGCUAGAGCUAGCAGAUGUAAAAUCCAAGCUUGAAAAGAUGGCCCAGCAGAAGCAAGAGAAGACCUCUGACCGCUCAUCAGCGCUGGAAAUGGAGAAGCGGGAGCGGCGAGCUCUGGAACGGAAAAUGUCAGAGAUGGAGGAAGAGAUGAAGGUGUUAACAGAACUGAAAUCCGACAACCAGAGGCUGAAAGAUGAAAAUGGUGCCCUCAUCCGAGUCAUCAGCAAACUCUCCAAGUAGACUAGGCCCUGAAUUUAGGAGGGGAAGGACGGCCCUUGCUGGCCCCACCCCACUUUUCCAGCCAUUGCCUUCCAACCAAAAGAAGUGAAUAUUUUGGUGGAAGGGCUCUUCUCUCUGCCCCUCCUCCAGUCCAUCUGCACUGUACAUUUCCUCUGCCCUCUCAAUGCCCUGUUCCUCCCGCCCCCUGAGUUUUAUGACAGUUUUAAUUGAAGCAUGAUUGUGAUAAUUUGAGCCAUUUUGAGCCAUCUGGAGAAGGCCUCCGGGAGUACACCAGGGUCAGCUGUGGCCCCCCAACUUCCUGCUGGUCAGCUACUUGUCUACGUUGGAUUUGGUCCAAACAUGUGAGGCCUCGACCCAAACCCGUACCCCACAGCCUUUCCCUGACCCAGUGUCCUCUGACACAGAUGAGUCUUAUGGUGGCCACUCCAGGAUCCUGUCUGGAAUGCUAGGAGAAGCAGGAGUGUUGGAAUAAUCAUCGACAGCCUCUGGGGCUGUUUCUGUUUGAUUCCAAGGUGACAGCGACUCUGCGUUGAGGGUCUCUGCCUGUCUUCCCCUCUCAGGAGCUGACUUUUCUGUAACUUCUGGUGGUGACGUUUGUUCUAGCAACAACCAGUGACAUCCCCCACUAGUCUUACCCCCUGUUCCUCAUGCCUCGCCCUCUCUUUCAUUUGUUCCUUUCCUUUCUAUCCUUUUCCUUUCCUCCACCCAUUUCACCCCAUGCUUCAAGGACUAGAACAGGUCACCUGACUUCAUUGUCUUUGGCUAUUGUGGUAACUCUCUCUCCCUGGGGCCUCUGGAGACUAGAACAUCGUCUUGUGGCAGCACCACUGCCUGCCCCCUGGAAGCAAGGCUGUGACAGCGCGGUUGCCAUCUUUCUCAUGUUGCCCCCCCAGCUCACUUUCCUUAUUGAGAAGUCGGGGCUUUAAACAGCCCGUCUGUGGCACCUCCUUUGGCCUCAUUUUCCUCUCUCCUCUCUGGCACCUGCUCCUCAUGAGAAGCAGAGUCCACACAGGGAGGCAGGUGAGGUGGGCGGGUAGGUGAUGGGAUAUGGACAGGGAGUGGGCGCAGGUGAGAGACAUGGUGUAAGCAGGACAGCCGAGUGCACCCCCCACCCAUGUGGCAAAGGCAAAGUCCACUGGACUGUGAGAACAUGCUGGAUUUAAUUAUUUCUGGUAGUUAGAGUCAGGGGAGAGACUUGCUUUUAGAAGCCAUCGGGGGAAAUGACUUCUUAAUAGAGGACUUAAGGGGAUGAGAUACUUCAACCCCUUGAUGAGAGUCACAGCAUCUGAGAGUGACGAGGUAAAUUGCCGUUUUCCUGCCGUGUGUCACAGGGACACCCACCCACUCCAACCUCCCUCCCGGCUUUGGUCUGUGAUCAGGUACUGCGGGGGCCUGCGCAGCUCAGAGGCUAAGAGAACCUGAAAGAUUUUCCUGCUAAGAGCUGGGUCUGCCUGUGAUUCUCCCACGGUCCAGUUGUGCCCUUUCCUGUGACGGCCUCAGAUACAUGAGUCAGUGAUGGCCCUAGUCUGGCUGCUGGCUCACGUCAGCUAGUCCUCCAAGCCGCCUCUCCUGUGGGACACUCUUCCUGCCAUCACAGCUUAGAGACAAAAAAAAACCUUAAAAUACAUGCCUAGGCCUGGACACAUUGCUCCAUUAGUCCUGUGCAAAAUUAAACCAUUAAUUAGUUCUUGAUGAUUAUCCAAUAUUAAUACUAAAGGUUUCUUCUUUUUAUAGAAGUCGUAUUCCUUGGUUGGCUUAUUGCAAGUGUGUCGGUCACUUAAUCUUCAUUUUUUUAGGGUUCCCAAUGACAUUCAGUGUUUGGUGCUGUCCAUUCUCUUAACAUAAACUACCUCUGUCCAUUUUUUUCUUUGCAGAAAAUGACAGUGUAGUUCUUUCUACAAGGCCUUCUGAAACAUCACAUGCUCUUUAAAUCAGAAACUAUAAUUCAAGAUCCCAACUCCAGAGUGGGAAAUGUCUCCUCUGGCAAAAAUCCCAUUUUUAGAAUGUACAAAGUUCUCUAUUUCCAGCCAUUUUUGAUAGAGAAGCUACUGGAGAAUCAUUAUUUCGGGUUUUGGAUCGUCGUGGGAACAUAUGAGUGUAGUAAGAUGUUUCAUCUCCCUCUCCCCACAAGCAUCCCUUCAUUCUUGGGAGAGGCAAGAGCAUCACAAGAUGCUGGCUCUCCUGGCGCAUCCUGGGUAUUGGUGACUGGGGUGGGGAGAUGCUACCUCUUUCUCAGAGAAAGGAAUUUGGAUUAUUAGGAAAAAAUCUUGACCUUCUCCCAUUAGACUAAGUAAAGGGUUUCCAGAGAGUUCUCUCAGCUCUGUGUGUACCUUUCACAAGGGUGGGACGGGGUCUCAGAGCUCUUGGACUGAUGUUAUACCCACGCUGCCUCUCACAGCCCUUUCAUGGUAAUUAUGCCUUUUCUUGCCAGAAAGUUUUCCUUGUGAUGAGACAUUUACAAGCUUUUCAAUCUCAGGAAUACUGGGUCCCAUGGCCAAGAACUCAUGAAAGUAUAAACCAUCCGAGGUAAUUUCAUGCACUCCCUCUUCUGCAAUUAAUCUUAUCAGACAGAUCAACUCUGAAUUCUGGUCUCUUUCCAGAUAAAAUACUCUUUCUUCUCAGCUGUCCUGAUGAGCCCAAGAGGCGGUGGUUGCAGGGCCUGACAGCCGCCGUGAUGCUGGCGCUGAGCUGGGCAGGUCUCUCCUGGCUGCUGCCUGCUGCUGGGCUCUUCAGGGACCACAGCCCUCAGUCCUCACCCCCACUUCCCAGCCCAGCCGAUGAAUCACUGCAGGGCUGGCCAGUGAUAUGGGGCUCGGGUGUAUCACUUCACAGUCUUCACAUGAAAUACCAGAAUGGGAAAGUGGGGGUUCUCGGUUCAACUUUACACGCUCUGUUCUCAUUAGUUUGAUAUUUUCCAAAACCAAGCCACACCUUUGGGACUAAUGAUCUGGCCAUUUCAGAGAUUCUCUGGCUGAAGUUUUGCUUCUUUGCCUAUUUGUCUUUCAAGGGCAUCCUUUUCCAGAUUGCUCUAGGCAUGAGAAUCUGUCACCCCCACCCCGUCACCAGUGCCGCAGGGCUGAGCGAAUCUCAGGUCCUUAGAGAACCCACCGAACAGAAUUGCCUGGGUGUGCUUGGGACACGGAACUCUCUAGUGGACAGUCUCAUCUGGUAUUUCUAGAACUACCUGUCUUUUCUCCAACUGCAGGAUGAGUUUCGGGCUUUCCCUGUUUUCUCCAUCUCCCACCCUGUGUUCGAGACCCAGAUGGAUUUACUGCUCUCCGAGGCUACUGGUACAGUGACUGCAGAUCUCUGUUUUGGAUCACUUCACCCACUUCCCUCAGCCUAAGCAAAACAUGCUUAUUAGCAAUUCUACUCAGGCUGCAGGGAGGCUGAAACCCCACUAGUUAGCUACAUGUGAAUCCCACAAAAUCUGUGUGAACUGUUGUUUCUCUAGCGGGCUUUUAAUUGAGCCAGAGAUGAAAACAGAUGAAGCCCUCAAAGCCGUGCACUUGGUCAGUGUCUGGUUCUCUAGCCCAGUGUGGGCUACUGACUUGGGAGAAGGCCCCACCAGCAUCGGCAUUCCUGGGGAGGAGGCCAGAGUAGGAAAAGCACAAUGAGAGGACGAAAGCUCGGGCAGCUAUUCAGCUGCCUGGCUGCAUUGUACCCCAAAAAGGAAAGCCUAAAGGAUUCAGUACCUACACCAAUAAGAAGGGGGGAUUCUUAAUCCCACCCCCUAGGUGAGCCUCUGGUUCUGUCCAAAAUUAACAACGAGGUAACAACACGUGGGCCCUGGGGGCCUUCCCUCGGCCAUUACCAGGCCCAUUGUCUAUGCCCGCACUGUACCCAGCUCAGUCAUGGAGGUCCCUGCCCAGACCCAGGUCCAAUUAUAACUGUAGACGUUGGUCUCCCUAUUGAUUUUUAAGGCAGAUUUUGACCCCUCAGAGGACAUGUAUUCCCUCUGACCCAGUAAACAAGAUAGCUUUCAUGGCAGAAUAAGGCAGCUUGAGAGGAUAAGGCCCUCGAAGUUAGAACAUCUAGGUCCCAGGACUGUCUCUUAUCCUUAUUAGCUCUGUGACCUUGGGAAAGUCACCUGUCCUGUCUGUGAAGUGAGGUGGGACUGGAUAAUUCUUACAAAUCCCUUUUGGCUUAAAGUGAUUUAAAUCUGCAAUUCCUAGGAAGAUCAGGACAUUUCUUAAACUCUGAAUUUUUGCUCUAACUUCAAAUAUUCUGUUUUCUUCUGGAUUCAAACUGUUUAACAUCAGCGUGUCAAGGUUGACUUCCCAUCCUUACUGGAGAGUGAAUUCAAUAUUGAGGGUAAUUGAAUGGUGUUGCAAUUGCUUUCUCUCCUAAUGGCUUGGUAAGAAUAUUAAAACCUGCAGAGGUGGAAAUUGGAGCUCGUAGGGAAAUGGAUAGAAAGCAAUUUGUUGCAGGCAGCCUUUGGACAAAUUGUUCUAAUAGGAAAUAGAGCUGCAGCUUCAUAGGUUUCUUCAACUGCCUUUCCUCAGCCUUCUCAAAUGUGGUCUGUGUGGCUCUUGCCAUCCACACAGCAGACUAAUUGCAUUUCUGCUUAGUACCAGCCGGCUCAUAGUCUUAAAGCAGCAAGAGAAGGUUCCUCAAGUAAAACCUCAACCUUUAGUUCCAUUGAGCUCUUCCUCUGGAUUCUGGACUAUCAGAAUAGUAGGUUCCAGUGCUGUUCAGGAUGGUCUUUCCUAUAAAGCAGGCCUGCAGAGGACUUACCCAUGCAGACUCAGAAACCCCAAGUCCAUGGCAGUGCCGCAUAGAACAGCACUGGGCUCUCGCGAGACUCCUGCAGGUCAGGUGUGCGUGGAAUGAAAGGGCUGUGGCCCUGGAAGUAGAGGGAGCCUGUGUGCUGUGGAGAAGAAGGCAGGUCAGGGCUCUGGAUGGAGCAGAAUGGAGGCCGGCACUGGGAGGGAGAGUCCCACUGCACAGGGAGGAAGUAUAGGCUGUCUCACCCGCCUCUGCCUCCAGCAGAGCGGAGAUUUAAUCAGCUUCCCUAAUGGGUAUUGACACUACUGGGGAGCCAUAGACCUUAUCAAGGGCUGCUAUUGAUCGCUGGUGUUCUGAUUAGAUUGGAAAAUAGAUCAACUUCAUUGCUGCCAGGAACUGUCACUGUCCCGGCUACCGGGGAGCGAGGUGGUCUCUGGGGGCUGAGAAAAACCACAGAGAGGCCCUUGACCAGCCGGCAGCUGUAGGUAAAGAUGCGUUCACAUCUCUGAGGGUUGUGGUUGAGGGUCAAAAUUGAACCCAGAAAUGACUUACACUCCUGUGUCCCAGAAGCCCUCAGGCUGCACGGUAAAUAAGUGGGCAUGUUUAAGGAUGCACCGUUAAUGAAUGUUCUGACCGUACCUAAAAGGCUUAGCCACUGGGGAUGACUCUUCUAACCUGCCUGACCCCCAGGCACACUUGCUCACACGGAGCUCUCAAAAUGAAGUCUGGCAUAUUCUUGAUUAACCAAUUUUACCCGAGUGUUCUCUCCUGUUCCUCCCUAUCCUUUGCUUUCCUCACUCCCUUCCAGUCCCCCAAAGGGCUCCUCUCUGAGCCAUUCUCCAAUUCAUCUGUUUAUCAUUUCAGACUGUGAGUUUGCCAGAGUGAUACUUUCUCUUACUUCUCCAGAUUCUUCUCUACUGCUGCCAGCAAACUUUUUCUUGGGUGGCCCUUGAAGGUGACAUCAGGAUGUUCUGAUGUCCUUCCAGAACAAACAUACUGUUGCCCAUUCCUCUCUUUUCAUUUCCCUCCACAUUCUUUAUUCCUCCCUUUUCUCACUUGGAGGGGAUGGUGCCUUAGAGAGGAGGUUUUCCAUGUAUCGGCUGAGACUCCUGGAGGACUUCACACGCCAGCCUCCCAGGCCCCCCACCCCACCCUGUCAGUUGCCGUGCUCUCUGCUGGGCGAAUGGGCUCCCAGAGGCGAGUGGCUGGUGGGCCUGCCCGUUCUCCACAGCACUGCCAGGGAGGCCGCGGGUGGCUGUGUCUGUUUACUCAGUCUGCGUCAUGAGAACUUUGCCCGCUUCAGCCUGAGACACAGUGUGUCUCAGGAGAAGCCUGCUCGGUGAGGCCAUGCGGCCCGGCCCGGGAUGGCACUCUGCCCUUUGCUGUCUUGCUGGAGAGGAGGACUGAGGAGGGAGGGAGCCGCUAGUGUCCUCACAACCAGACGGGCCCGAGGGACUGAGUGCUGCUCCUCAUGUCUCUGACCUGCUGAUGAUGCACAUUCUCCUGUGAAGAGGCAGGUAAGGAGAGGGCAGAGGACAGGCCUCAGCACAGAAGAGCCGGAGGCAGGCUGCAGGGUUGGGAGAGCUCUGGGAGACUGCAGCAAUCGAAAAUGCCCCCUUUUCUAGUCAGUGUCCCUUCAACUUUUAAAAGGAUGGGCCCACCACCCGGCUGGCACCCCAAGUCGGUCCCUCAUCUCCCUAAAGAAGAAAGGAGGCUGUUUUCCCCUUGGAUUCCUCUCUGAGGGAAGACUGAUUCAGACUCAGGCUUUGGCUUUCUGCCUUUCCUCCAUUCCCUCCUCCUUGACCUUGAACAGAAGGACUGAGAAGAGCUUGUAAGAACCACCUUGGUGGAGGGGAGAGCACAAGGGACUGUGGUGAUGGAUCCCUGGUGCUGUGGUGGUGGAAGAACUGUGGGGACUACAUCUGAGGGGAGAGAUCAAAUGCUGUCCAGAAAUUAACAACGAUGUGAGAAAAUUAAUAAAAAUACUAAAUUUUUUUUUUUUUUUUUUUUUUUUUUUUUUUUUUUUUCAAAAAACCAACCACCCUGGUGUCUCCAGGCCUCUCCCAGGUUAGGGAUGGCGCUUCAUGUCUCCUCACCCGCCACCCUCACUCUGUGACCUCCACACCGGAGCACACCAGAUGUAACUGCUUUCCAGCAGGGUUGUGUGGAUUAACUCGGUCCUUUGUACAUACACCUGGGGUGGGAUGGGGUUUAGGAUGGGGAAGCCAGACUUGCUUUGUGAACUGAAUGUAUUUUUAUGCAAUUUUGAGUGGCCUUUCAACCCUGAGAUGAAUGGUUUUGUUUUCCCAGUUGUUAUUAUAUAGUAUUGUUAAGUAUCCUGUGUUUGAAAGUUUGGGGAUAAUAAUAUUCACAUCUAUAUGAUGCCUGUAAACACAACAGUAUUUAUAAAUGAGUAAAUAAAACCGUGUUUUAAAUUUGUGACUGUGUCUCCACAGUUUAGGAGACGACGGCUGUAGAUCCCAUGAGUCUUAGACCAUCAUCUUUGCCACUAGGGCCUCCUCCUGCCUCUUCCCCGGGACUGCCACACAGAGAGUCACCAUCACCUAGAGCAGGGCCUCCAGAAUCGGGUCAAGGAAAAGCCCACAUCAGAGGCUUAGGAGAGGCCUAGAUCAGGUGGCCCGGAUCAGGUGGUUCCUUUGAAGACCGAGAGCAAGUCAAUACAAGGUCC